GGGAGAGAGAGAGAGGGAGCUGUUGGGAACGGAUCGGCGAAGCGAACACUUGCCAUUUUACCGUGUGCGGUGGGGGGUUUGAUUGUUCUUCAGAUACAUUCGCACACAGCUAGCUCAAGGCGAUUGAUCAUUGUAAUUUCUACCAAAGAUUUGAGAGCAUUGGAGAUCUGAAUCCAUGUCGUUGAAUUGUUAGCUUCGCCAUUGUAUCCAUCAGAGCGUCUCCGCACUGGUCACUGCAAUGGUGGUCUGCAAAUGCCGCAAGGCCACGAAGUUGUAUUGUUUUGUUCAUAAGGUUCCCGUAUGUGGAGAAUGCAUUUGUUUCCAAGAACACCAAAUAUGCGUGGUUCGUACCUAUUCAGAGUGGGUAUUGAAUGGAGAUUACGAUUGGCCUCCAAAUUGUUGCCUGUGUCAGGCUACGCUCGAAGGAGUUGGUCCUCAAACGACUCGAUUGGGAUGCUUGCAUGUUAUUCAUACGGAUUGCUUGGUCUCACAUAUCAAGAGCUUUCCUCCAUCCACUGCCCCUGCUGGAUAUGACUGUCCCGCAUGUUCCAUUUCGAUAUGGCCUCCAAAGAACUUUAAAGAUUCAGGAUCCCGCCUACACGGAAAACUAAAAGAAGCCAUCUUGCAGACUGGUCUGGAAAAGAAUUUGUUUGGAAAUCAUCCAGUAGGAUUAUCAACAACAGAACCCCAUGGUCCUCCCCCAGCAUUUGCCUCAGAUCCCUUGGUUUCCUCUUCAGGCAACGCACAGAACAAUAAGAGUUCAUUAAAUUCAAUAGCAAACAUCGAGACGAAUACGGGUGAAGGGUUCUCCGCCCCAACUGGAACAGGAUCUUCCAAAAAUGGCGUUGCAGAUAUUGUAGAGAUUGAAGUGCCUGGUUCAGAAGGGAAUUUUGUGAAAAGCUCAAGUCCUUCAGGCCCUGUUGCUACCACAAGAAAAGGUGCACUCAAUUAUGAUAGGCAAAAUUCUGAAAUUUCAUACUAUGCUGAUGACGAAGAUGGUAACCAUAAGAAGUAUGUUCGAAGAGGUCCUUUUAAGCACAAGUUUCUUAGAGCACUACUUCCUUUCUGGUCAACUGCAUUGCCAACUCUACCCCUGACUGCACCUCCUCGUAAAGAUGCAUUGAGCGCCAAUGAUGUUGGUGAAGGUCGUGUUCGGCACCAAAGACCCUCUAGAAUGGAUCCGAGAAAAAUUCUUCUUAUCAUAGCAAUCAUGGCAUGUCUGGCAACGAUGGGCAUUUUGUACUACAGACUUGUACAAAGAGAUAUCGGAGAAGAAUUUGUGGAUGAGGAGCAGCAAGUGCAAGCAGCACAAUGAAAAAACAAUAAUAUUUGAAGCAGUGCUUAGCUGCUGCUGCUUCUGCUGGUAGAAUUUGUUUGGCUCCUUGAAAUCAUCGGACCUUUUGCCAAUUUCAUCAUACAAGCAUUGUAAGUAUCUCUUACUUGAGGCUUCUCUGCCCCAUUUGAGGUGAAGUUUUUGUUGUCAUCUUACAAACUCUGUUCUUGUGUGUGUUCCUUCUCACUUGUAUGGAUUGUUGAUCAGAGAAUUAGGUUAAAGAAAAGAUCUUUCAUUGGAACUAAUUUAUUUUGUAAUUACCCAUUCACUCAAUAAUCUUACAUAAUAAUACUUAUU